GACACCAUCCUCGAAGGCUUCAAUCAAAACGAGUCCGCUUCACGUACCCCGGCAGUCUCAAUCGACCUGUCACACGCUUGCGACUGCGUUCGCCAUGUUCAGCUCCUGCAGGACUUGGUCUCCCCGAAACCUCCCGACCGGCCCGGUCCGAUGCCUCGUCACCUGGCCAUCACCGUCAGCAGUGUGUCUUCAUCGCUGGUCCGUAAAUCCAAGCUCCUUGGUGUCCGUUUCGGUCCGCUAUUCACGUUCGCGAACCAUGCCAAGGAGAUCGCAGGCAAAUUGAUCCGCUGCACCGUGGUCCUUAAGGCCCUAGCGGGCACACCCUGGGGCUGCGACCAUAUUCAAAGUGCUGGCCGAGCCUCACUUUGGUUUCCUAAGAUCAGCUCUUUCAGCCUCCACCGCCUGGAAACCCAACGCAAACGCGUCGAGUUGGAUGUCAAGCGCGCCAGCACCACCCCCAAUAGGUUAAACAGCAACUUCUACGCUGGACUGAAACGGCAGAGACCUUUACACUUCACAACUGACCAGACCAGCCUGCCAACUUCGCAGGAGUGA